AUGGAGCUGGCGUGCCGGAACGCCACGGAAGAGCCCUCCGAAGCCAAUAUCGUGCGACUGCUGGACCUGUGGUCGGCGGACUGGAAGCGCCGGGGCCGCACGCGGGCCGUGGGGCCGGGGGCCUAUGAGCGGUACGCCACGCUGGGGCUCUUCGGGCACGGCGGCGUGGUCGGGGUCUCGAAUGCCACCGGCCUGCGGGAGGCCUGCGCCGCUGUGAAUUGCUUUCUCCGCAGCCGCUUUCCGAGUGGCACCUGGACCUCCAUCGCCGUGCUCUUCAACCCGCGCAUGGGGCUGCACCGCGACAUUCAGAACAUGGCCGGGCACCCGAAUCACGCGCUUGCUCUGGGCAAGUACACAGGAGGGCGGGUGUGGAUCGAAGAUGACGAGGGGGACUCUGCGGCGUGGCUGGCCGACAAGAAAGGGGGACGAGAGCUGCGCGGGCGGUGGCUGGACAUGCACGACAACCCCGUCAGCUUUGAUGCUCGCCGCUAUCACAUGGUGGAGCCACACGAGGGCAGCAUGUGGGCUCUGGCUGCUUAUGUUCCGCAAGCCUAUGCUCGGGCGACGGAGCAGCACCGAGAGACGUUGAGAGAGGCCGGCUUCCCGCUGCCUGCGUGA